GUGAAGCCUGUUCAACAUUCAAUGUGACAUACGGAGGAAGAGAGUACUGGUGUUCACCUAAGUACCUAAACUUUGAUUCUGCGGAACAUGAAUGCGCUAUUAAUGGCGGACAUUUAGCUGAGAUUCCUGAUGAAGAAACCAACGUUGCUAUUCAUUUAGCAUUAGAAUUCUUGAGAAUUGACCCGGAAAACAGAUGGAUUGGGGUUCACGACAGGAUACAGGAAGGUGAGUUCGUUAACAUGAGGAAUAAGAAGCAGAAGUAUCUACAGUGGGGGAACUUUGGACCACCUACUGGUAUCUUCAAACCAGAGGCAGACUGUGUUUCUUCCCUUCUAGGAACAUGGUGGGCCUUGAACUGUUCCAACUUAUUUCAGGCUCUGUGCUCCAAAACAUUAGGAUGUACUUGUGCAUGCAGGAGAGACUUCGGUACUGACAACCAAACCUGGGUACAGGAGAUGAAGAUAGCGAGGAUAAAGACAAUGUUAUUGGUCGCUAAAUCCACACUGUCCAGUAGAAUUCGCCAGAAGAUCUCAGCAGACGAUCCUCGAAUGACGUCACGUGUCAUGGGGAACGUUCUAGGUGGCGGAGUUCUGACUGUCAUUGUCUUUCUUGUUCUCUCUAACGAUAUUCUCAAACUAUAUAGACAUAUAACAGAACACGAAUGCAAUUAA